GAAGUUGCUGUUAGUAUGCAGAAUCGAGAACUCAAAUCUUUCUACUGGUGUCAAUGUGAAAACUUCCAUUUUUUUCUUUGCUUUACCUUUCUUUUUCCCAAUAAGUCCGGCCCCUCUUAUACAUUUGGUUCCACAGUCUUUCUUUUUGACAAAUUUGUCCAAUAAAUUGGGUUCCCCCUUUUAUAAUAGAAGUCAUGGGACUUGAUCUUAUAAGAUAGUCUUGUGAGCUGGCUACAGUUUACAAUUCAUAAAGCUUCAGCAAGCUUUCCUCUUCUGGCAGUAGGAUUCAAAAUAUGGCUUUUGCUUCUUAUUUUGUUUGCUUUCUUCUGUAUCUUCUUCUGAUCUUAGUUCAGGCAAAGGGCAGUAAUAAUUCAACUUGUCCAAAGUCCUUUUCAUGUGGGAAUCUUAAAAACAUGAGCUUUCCUUUCUCUCUUUCAACACAACCUGACUGUGGAAUAAUGCCUAUGUCUGGUUGUGAUGUUAAAUCAUAUCCAAAAAUCCAACUGCUUCCUGGAGGAGAUUUGUACUAUGCUUUAGCCACGAAGUUUAGUUAUACAGUUGUGCUCAGGGACCCAAAGCUUGAAACCACGUUGAGGCAACACAAGUGCCAGGCUUUUAACAAAAAUUUCUCCCUUCCAAACUCUCCUUCUGUUUCUUUCACUCCGCUGUCACUUCACAAAUUCUUCAAAUGCAACAGCACCAGUCAUAAUACCCCAAACAUUACCCAAAAGAAGAACGGCCAUGUUGCUAGUUAUGGAAUGUACAAUGGCUGUAAAGGCUUUAGCAUAUACUACAAGGUUGACGGAGAUGAUAAUGUUAAAGACAUUCGAGCAGACAAUCUUAUUGCUAACUGUUCACUUGUCAGAUUGCCAAUUGAUUGGAGGUCAUAUGAUGGUGGUUUGUUCGACGUUUUAAGUCCCUUUUUUGUAGUAGAAUGGAAACUCUCUGAUGACUGUAACAAAUGUCACUAUGACGGAGGUCAAUGCCAGACUGAUAAAACCAAUAAAUUUCAUUGUACACAUCCAAAUAAUCCACAUGCUCAAGGUCAUCAAAAAAGUACUCCGUAUGCUCAAGAUGCAAAAACGACUAGAAGAAAGUUCGGACAGACUCUGGGAGCAGUUUUUGGUGGAUUAGGAUUGGUGAUGAUUUGUUUAGUUGUUUACUUUAUCUGGUGUUACAAGAAGAGGAAAUUUAGUCCAUCCCGCUUCCUCUCAACAAAGAAACUCUCGGACAUUUUUAAACAUGAUGUUGAGGGAGGCAGUAUAUACUUUGGUGUGCCAGUCUUCUCUUACUCAGAGCUUGAAGAAGCCACAAAUGAUUUCAAUUCCUCUAGAGUCCUUGGGGAUGGAGGUUUCGGAACUGUUUACUAUGGAAAACUUAAGGAUGGAAGAGAGGUUGCUGUAAAUCGCCUUUACGAGCACAACUGCAAACGAAUGCAGCAGUUUGUAAAUGAAAUUGAGAUCCUUACUAGGCUAAGGCACAACAAUCUUGUCACCCUCUAUGGCUGCACUUCAUGGAAAAGUCGUGAACUACUCCUUGUCUAUGAAUAUAUUCCUAAUGGAACUCUUGCUGAUCACCUCCAUGGUGACAAAGCGAAGGACCGAUUACUUACGUGGCCAGUCCGCAUGAACAUUGCCAUAGAAACUGCUGGUGCAUUGACUUGCUUGCAUGCUUAUGAUGUAAUACAUUGCGAUGUGAAGACUAAUAACAUACUCCUUGAUCACAACUUUAGUGUUAAAGUUGCAGAUUUUGGGAUUUCAAGGCUCUUCCCAAAUGAUAUCUCUCAUAUUUCAACCGCACCCCCGGGGACCCCUGGCUAUAUAGAUCCAAAGUAUCACGAAUGUUACCAGCUGACUAGUAAAAGUGAUGUUUAUAGCUUCGGGGUGGUCCUUGUUGAGCUCAUUUCGUCAAUGCCAGCUGUGGAUAUGAAGAGGCAUAGCCAAGAGAUCAAUUUGGCUAACUUUGCAAUAAAGAAGAUCGUAAAAUGUGCAUUUCACGAGUUGCUUGAUCCAUCCCUGGGGUUCGAUUCAGAUACCAAGAUUUGGGAAAUGAUUACUUCAGUGGCAGAGCUGGCUUUUCUGUGCUUGUAGACAGAUAGGGACAUGAGGCCUACUGUGGCUGAAGUUUUGGGUACCCUAAAGGAGAUUCAGACUAGUGAAGUUGGCACUGAGAAGAGAACUGAGUCUAAUCUCAAUUCCAAUGAUGAAGCUAAAACAGUAGCAGCUCCUCCUGUCCCUGAAUCGGAAGAUAUGUUAUUGUUGAAACAAGUGAAAUCACUACCUUCUCCAAAUUUUGUGAUUGAUAAAUGGAUUACUUGCUCUGAUAUAACUAGUACAAAGUAGUUAAAAGUUCUAUACCCCUUUCUUUGUUUUUUUUUCUGUAAAUUUUGGGA